AUGGAUGAUAAGAAGAAAAGGCACAAAAAAAGACUUUCUUCUCAUAUUCGCCUUCGUCCACUGGAUUCAGAUGCCUUACGGUUCAUGAUGAAAAAGAAGGUGUAUUUUGAAGAUACUGAUAAUCAAAGUAGAGAUGUUAUUUCACCACCACCUCAAUUGAAUCGUUUUCAAAAAGUUUCAGAUAUGUAUCUCGACUUAAAAAAAAAGAAAGCUAUCCACAAAGUGGAAUCCAAGCCAAAAAUAAGGAUCUAUAAAGCAGAAGAGGAAAAAGACCUAGAUAAAGUGACCACAGAGUUUAGUCGGCUGGCUCACAUUGCAAAAAUAGAUGCAGCACAAGAAGACACAGCUUUGUCUUCUCCACUAGGUUUGAGGUCUGAGCCAAGUCCUAGCUUUUCAUCACAUGGAACGGAACUUUCAGGUUCUAGUGACCUCCAGACAACUGAGUAUACAGUUUCUGAAGAAAAUUUCCAGAAAAGAAUGAAAGAAAUGGCAAGUAAAGAGAAGGAUAUUAUACCUGCUUAUUUGAGAAAAGAUUUUGCCAACCUUAUUCGAUAUGAUCCAACAAUACCAAGGGAUGACAAUGCUGUGAGACAUAUUUUAAGACUGAGAGAGAAGCUCAAUUGGAAAACUGAAUUAAAGACACGUAGGCUGGAUGUAAAAAAACCUAAAGAACUCUAUAUGAAGAUCGUACCUAAGGAAGCAGAAGAUCUUCCAGAUGAUGGAGAAUAUAUAUAUGGACUUCUCAGAUAUAGGGAUGAUUGCAGAGCUCUUUAUAACCCGUAUGAGAUUCAAGUGGUUUCUGCAAAUGAUGCUAGAACCCGUCAAGAAUAUUGGGUUAUUACAGCUUCAUAUGUCUCAAAGGUUCAUCGAAUAGAUAAAAGAAAAGAAAAAAUAGAAAUGAUACCUGUCAUGGAAUGGCUUAUGGAAAGAAAUCACUUCAUUACAUUUCGUAAAUUUCCUUUCUUUAGCAAAUUCAGAAUAAGAAAAUCAUUUGACAUCUGGAAGACGAAUGUUAAAAGAAAUAAAAGAGAGAAUAACAAAUUGAUAUUGUACAAGCGCCUUUUUUUGGCUGAUAAGUUAUUUCAAGGAUGUUUGCUUCGAAUUCGGAACCUUUGUGAAGAUGCAACUGACCUCCAUAAAGGAAAAAUCUUUGAAGAUAAUCCCUCUGCCAUUAUUCUGACUACGCUGGACCGAUCCCAUACAUACUCUAUAGAUGAAUUUUGUGAGGAGCAGUCACAUCAGACUCGCGUAGCAAAGGAAAAGCUGGAGGAACUUAAGGCAGAAAUCAUUUCAGUGCUUAAAAGUACAUUUUUACAGGCUGCAGAAAAGAAAGGAUUAAAAGAUUAUUUUCUUCAAGAACCACUUACAUGCAAGAUAGAAAAUUAUAAGGCACCUACUCUUCGACGUUUAAUAGAAAAAUUUACAAGAUUUCUUAAACUAGUUGACAGUCUAUUUCAAGAAAUGAUCCGAAUCCUGGUGCAGACUGCAGUCAAACUACUUUUGGAUUUACUUACUGGAUCUAAUAAAGUGAAAUAUACCAGAGAGAAAAAGAAUUACUCCCUCAUAAUAGAAAGUGCGGAGACCAUUUUAUCCAAAAUGUCAACGACAGAUUUUAAGGAACAAUUUCAAGAAGAAGAAGAAAAAGAGCCAGAGGAACCCGAGAUCAAAAUUUGUCAACAUGAUAUUGCUGAGAUGUUUAAGUCUCUCAAAAUGAAAAAAGAUGCAAAGAAGCCAUAUGAGGCAACAUUUGAAGUACGUAUACUUUUGAAAAUUCCUCAAAGAACUUUUUAUGAGAAGUCUGAAUCAACUGGAAGUUCUACAGAUUCCCUUUUUAAGCAAACUUUUUUUCAACCCAAAACUUUUGAUUUUGAGGAUGAAACACAAACAGAUAGUAAAAUUCCUAAUUCCAACAGAUCAGCUGAGUCACUGUUUUCCAAAAUUUCUGGAAAAAAAACUAAAGCCCGAUACAACACUGACGAUAAAAAUGCUGAAGGAAAACAAACAGUAGAGUCAGAAGAUGCCUAUUUACAAAAGAUUGAAGAAAUUCCAGAAUUCCAUGCGAAUCUCUUCCUAUCUCCCAACAGAUUGGAAAUGUCUAAGAAAAUUCAGGGUGUGAUAAAUAAUUUUGAAAAAUCAUUAACUCGUUUUAUUCCUUUCAGUCAAGAUCAACGUCUGUUUAUCUUUUUCUUUGAACCUAUGACUAUGCAAAUACCUACUGAACAAGAACUGGAGAGACUGAAACAGCUGAUAAGAUGGCCAGAUGCCUCUAUCAUUUUUGAAAUAGAUCCUGCCUACCAAAAGAAUAUUGUGAGCAUUCUAACCAUUAUUGGUAAUUCAAUGGCACGAGUUGAAGUUUACAGCCACCAGUUUCUUCAAUUUUGUACCAUGGUAGAGCAAGCGAAGUCUAUGGCAUAUAGAAUAGUACAAUUACAAGACCAAUUAACCUCCAACGAUUUUAGUACCAUCUUGGAUAUAUACACAGACUAUUUUAAAGAUGUUGUUUAUAUGUCUAUUGAGAAACGCAUUAAUAUUAUCAAAGUAGUGAGUCUUAAUUAUCAGUCAAGCUGCUUACCAUAUAUUGAAAAUGUCAUUAAAAUGAGCCAUGCAUUGUUGGAGUCCAUGAUUCAAGAAAAGAAUGUAAGCCUUUUUACGAUUAUCCAAUCAUCAUUGUCAAAGCUUGACACUGAACUCACGGGUGUGGAAGCAUUUGUGGAACACUUGACUUUCUUAGAUUAUAUUUCUUCAAAAAUGCCUUUACUAGAUCGAGAAUAUAAUGUUAUCACCCAAAUGUAUUCAGUCACAAAACACUACAAUGUCAAGAUUUCACCAGAACAAGUUGCACUACUUAAUGUCCUUCUUAACAAAUACAAUAAACUUAAAACAGCUUUUAAAUUCCAUGAAACACAUAAGGAUACUGCUAUUAUUAGAUUCAAGUCAAAUUUGGAUGAGUAUAUGCUCCAUUUGCAUAAUGAAGUUAGAAACUUGAAGGUCAAGGUAAAAAACCCCGUUCUUGUGCAUCCUGCUACUCGACCAACAACUGCCUUGGAUAUUAUUGAGACACUCUCAGAGGAAGCUUCAAUUCUAUCCAACAAAGCUCAUACUUAUUCAAAUUAUCAAGAUCGUUUUGAGAGUUCUGCUGCAGGGAAAAAUUUAGCUAUGGAGCGACAUGUUGCACACUCUGUGAUUUCAGAGCUCUCAGAAAUUGAAUGUGACCUAACUUUGAGGAAAAUAUUAUGGGAAGCACAAGUGGAAUGGGGGAAUCUGUCUCUCGUGUGGAAGAAUAGCAUUUUUGGCAAUGUCAAUGUCGAUAUAAUCCAGAAGAGUGUGGCAAGAUGGAUGCAUAUGAUUUAUAUGCUAGAAAAAGGUUUACCAAAAAAUUCUAUGGUAAAAGCUCUUAAGCAAUCAGUAAUGAAUUUUAGACAAGGCAUACCUACUAUUGUAGCUUUGGUAAAUCCUUGCCUUAAACCAAGGCAUUGGACCUUAUUACAGGGAAUUGUUGGGCAUGAUUUUAUUUUGGACACACAAUGUACGGUGGAGAAACUUCUAGAGCUUGAGUUGUUUCACUAUGAAGAAAAAAUAAUUGAAAUAUCAACAAUAGCAACAAAUGAAGCUGCUCUGGAAAAAAUGCUGUAUAAGAUAAUUGAGCUAUGGCACAAUACUCCAAUACGCUUUUCUCUUUAUCAGACAGACGCUAUCAAGAUUCUUAUUCUUUCAUCCUUAGAUGAUAUAUCAUCUCAGUUAGAAGAAUCUCAAGUUAUAAUUGCAACGAUUAAAGCAUCUCCCUAUCUUGGGUCAUUGAAGACUGUUGCAGAUGAUUGGGACCAGAAACUCGAUCUCUUCUCCCACACAUUAGAAGAAUGGAUCAUGUGUCAAAGAAAUUGGCUUUAUCUUGAACCCAUUUUUCUUGCUCCUGAAAUACAAAGGCAACUUCCAGCAGAAGCAGUUCUUUUUGGUGAAGUGACUACUAUGUGGAGAGAAAUAACAACAAGAAUUGAAAAUAAAACUGAUGCCUUGAGAAUAGUCAUAUCAGUAACAGUCCUUGAACUGUUGCAAUCUAUCAGUGCAAACCUUGAAAAAAUAAAGAGAAGUCUUGAGGAAUAUCUUGAAGUGAAGAGAGUGAUUUUCCCAAGAUUUUACUUUCUUAGCAAUGCUGAACUCCUUGACAUUCUGGCUGAAAGCAAAAAUCCUGAAGCAGUCCAGCCUCAUCUUAUGAAAUGUUUUGAGAACAUAAGACAUUUGUUUAUAUGGAGAAAAGAAAUAGGCCCUCCUCUGGUCACACUGAUCAUUUCAUCGGAAGGGGAAGGACUUCUUCUGCCAAAGAAAGUUCGUGUGAGAACAAAUGUAGAGCAAUGGCUGGUAAAUGUGGAGAAGAACAUGUUUGAAGCAGUAAAGAUGUUUUUAAACAAAGGAAUUGAUCAAUUUGACCGAGAAAAUUUUAGGAACUGGGUACAGUCUCAUCCAGGACAAGUGAUACUUCUUGUGAGCCAAAUAAUGUUUGCUAAUGACUGUAAUGACAGUUUUAACAGUUCUGAGCCAAGUGUGCAAUUGAAAAAUGUCUAUGAGAAUCUCCUAAAUGUCCUAGACCAGCUUGCAGAUCUAGUGAUGUCUGACACUCUUCAUUUUCGAAAAAAAAUUGUCCUAGAAGCAUUGCUUACCCGUUAUGUUUACUGCAGGGAUAUAUUGACAGAAAUGAUAGACAAUAAUAUCUUUAGAGAAGAUAACUUUGAAUGGACAAGGCAACUGCGUUACAAAUGGGAUAAAAAAGAGAAGACAUGUUUUGUAGCUCAAGGAAAGGCAUCCUUUCCUUAUGGCUUUGAAUAUUUGGGCUGUACCACCAGACUUGUCAUUACGCCUCUCACAGAUAGAUGCAGAUUAACCCUUACUGGUGCACUCCACUUGAAUCUUGGAGGCUGCCCUGCUGGCCCAGCAGGCACAGGGAAAACAGAGACUGUCAAAGACCUGGCAAAAGCCUUAGGCAAACAUUGUGUGGUAUUCAACUGUUUUGAAGAUUUGGAUUAUAAGAUGAUGGGAAAAUUCUUCUUUGGAAUAGUUCAAUCAGGAGCAUGGUGUUGUUUUGAUGAAUUUAAUCGAAUUGAUGUGGAAGUACUCUCUGUGAUUGCCUCACAGAUACAAGCAAUUAAAUCAGCUAAAGAUAAUAAGUCCAGCAGGUUUGUACUAGAAGGAAAAGACAUUCGAAUCAACUCAACCUGUGCAAUCUUUGUCACCUUGAAUCCCGGAUACAAAGGACGCGUGGAACUCCCAGAUAACUUAAAAUCUCUGUUUCGACCUGUGGUGAUGAUGGUACCCCACUAUCAACUUAUUGCUGAAAUAAUGCUGUUUGCAUCAGGUUUCAAAUAUGCAAAAUCGUUGUCAAACAAACUUAUUAACCUUUAUGAACUGAUUAACAAGCAACUUUCACACCAGGAUCAUUAUGACUUUGGCAUGAGAGCUAUAAAGACAGUGUUACUCAUGGCUGACCGAAAGAAACAGGAGUAUAGAUUGACCACCACUGAAGAUCUCUCUGAAAUUGAUGAAAUUUUGAUCAUCAUCUUGGCAGUGAAAGAAGCUAGUUUACCUAAGUUUCUCCCUGAAGAUAUCCCACUUUUUGAAAGCAUUCUAGGAGAUAUAUUCCCCAGACUUGUAGUUCCAAAAGUAAAUCAUCCACACUUGGAGAAAGCAAUAGAUAUAGUGACAGAGCAGCUAGCCUUACAACCUUGGCCAUCUCAGAAAAAGAAGGUUAUAGAAUUUUAUCAUCAAAUCCAGGCUUGUAUUGGUGUGAUGUUAGUAGGUCCAACAGGAGGAGGGAAGACUACAGUAAGAAAUAUUUUAGAAAAAGCUUUAAUUAUUUUACCAACGCUAUCUCCACAAACAAAAUUCAAAGAGUCUAUUAUGUUUACAGGAAAAAGAGGGAAAAUAGAAACUUUCACUUUAAAUCCAAAAUGUAUUACUCUUGGUGAACUCUAUGGUCAAAUGGACAUGAGCAGCAUGGAGUGGUCUGAUGGAUUAUUGUCAUCAUCAGUGAGAAGAUUUGUACAAUAUGAUUCUAAGAAGAAAACAAAGACAGAUACAGAGCCUGAACAAAAUGUGCAAGUUUGGGAUUUUUCUGAUAUUUACACAUUCCAUCCUGGUGAAAAAGAAGAAUUUCUUCCAGUUGAGGAUGAGGAUGAAAUGGAGAAAGAAACUAAAUCUCAAGAGAGUCGAUCUACUGAGAUGGAUCUAACUCCAGUACAGACGAUGAAAUAUUCUGUUCAAUAUAGACCUGCAGAGGAGAGACAAAAAAAAAGUACCUCUUUCAAAAAAAGGUUCAAUCGUGAGGAGUCAAAGUGGUUUCUUCAGAGAUAUCCUGAAAAAUUAUGCAUAAUGCUUGAUAAGAUUUUUGUAUUUGCAUUUACUUGGGCUUUUGGAGGAAUUUUGAAACGUGAAGAUGAACACGAAGAUGAUGUUCUGUUUGGCUCAGGGUAUGGAGUGGCAACCCUCCGAAAAACAACCUAUGACUUUGACAACCUUGUUCAUGAAUUGUUUGAAGGAGAUCCACCAUAUGGCAUCCGUUUGCCAAUGGGAGAACGCUCUGUCUUUGGUUACUUUGUGGACUUACAGAGUUGUGAUUUCGUACCUUGGUCAGAAUUAAUUCCUCCUUCAGACCGUUUAGUUGAAAAAGGUCCAGAUUCUGGUUCUAGCACAUCCCUGGAUAAUAUAUUGAAGUUUAAUGACACUAUAGAAUUUAAUCAUCAUUUUGCUACUAGAGAUACAGUGUCUUUCUCCUUUUUGAUGAGUUUUCUUAUAAAGAACAGAUAUCCUAUCCUAAUUGCAGGAGAGUCUGGUGUUGGGAAGACUUCUGUCGUUACCCAAAUGCUUGAGAGACUUCAAGGCUCAGGGGGACUAAAUAUAAGAGCUGGAACUAUUUUAGGAGAAGUUUUUAUGUAUAAGGAAUUGCAAAAAUUAAGCAAGCCAGGGGCUCUCAGCAUCUUACUUCCAGACAACUUAAGGUCACCUUAUAGAGAAUUAGGGUUUGGAGAAAAGUCAUAUUGGAAAAAAGAGGAAGAAGAGGAAAGUGAUCAAGCUAAAGUAGAGGAAACGAUUAUUGGGUCCACAAUAAAAUUUAGUGCCAAUACGACUGCUGCCAAAACUCAGGAAAUGAUUCUUAGGAAAUUAAUGCGAAAAACUAAAGAUGUUUAUGGAGCUCCAAAUUUUACCCGGGUGCUAAUAUUUAUUGAUGAUCUGAAUACCCCAGCACCAGAGCAAUAUGGGGCACAACCACCCUUGGAACUCAUCAGACAAUUAUUAGAUUUAGAAGGGUUUUAUAAUACUGAACAACUUACAUGGAAGAGCAUUCAAGAUAUCUCUCUGGUUGCAGCUUGUGGUAUUCCACCUGGUGGGAAAACUGAUAUCAGUCCACGUCUCCUCAAACACUUUUUCAUACUAGUAAUGCCUCAUCCUCCACAAUAUGCCUUAUAUACUAUUCUCCAGGCUCAUCUGGGAAUACACUUACACCAACAUUCCUUCCUCUCUGAUGUUCAGAAGUGUAGGCAGCAAUUGGCGGCUCUCUCCCUCUCUAUAUACUAUGAUGUAUGUCAUAAUCUCUUACCAACCCCAGCUAAGUGUCACUACCUGUUUAGUGUCCGAGAUCUAUUUAAGCUCCUUCAUGGAUUAUUACAAGCUAACAAGGCUGUUGUUGUGUCUAAAGAAACUGUUGCCCUGCUCUUUGUACAUGAAGCAACCCGAGUAUUUCAUGAUCGCUUAGUCGAUUCUGAGGAAAGACAUUUUUUUUUCAAGCUUCUUUCACAUGAGCUAGAACUUUAUUUUGAGAUUAUAUGGCCCACAGACAAAAUAAUGCAGGAUUUACCUUUGUAUGUGGAUUUUUUGGAUAUAAACAAAAUUCAUAAAAGAAGGAUCUAUCAGAACUGCAGUAACCAAAGAAAAAUUUCAGAUGUACUUUCUGAAUUCCAGCUAUCAUUGGGCUCAACUGGUUUUGAGCUUUCAAAUUCAAUGGUGUUCUUCAAGGAAGCCACUGAACACGUUUGCAGAGCUGCGAGGGUCCUUCGACAGCCAGGGGGCCACAUGUUCCUGAUUGGAAUAGAAGGAUGUGGAAAAGAAACAUGUGCCACCCUUGCCUCUUAUUUGGGAGAUUGCAAGCUCUACAAAUUAUCUACAUCUACUAAUUAUGGCCACCUGGAAUUCAGAGAAGACUUAAAACAUGUCAGCACACUAACAGGACUAGAAGGAAAACCUACUGUUUUGCUUAUUAUUGAUACACAUCUAACUCACGAGUCUGUUUUAGAAGAUUUGAACAGCAUUCUCAACUCAGGAAAUAUGCCUGAUGUAUUUGAAACUGAAGAGAUGGACAAUAUAACAAUAGGGCUCAAAACUCUUGCUGAAGAAGCUGGUUUUGAAGACAAUCUACAAUCUGUGCUUGUAUUCUUCCAAAAGAUGUUACAACCAAAACAACACCAAGUAGCUGAGGCUCAAAAAGUACUCCAGAUUGGUCGAGAAAAGUUGUUAGAAAAACAGAGGGGUUUAGAAUUGAUUGAAGGUCAUUUGCAAUCUUUACAACUUGCCUACAAUGACAGUGUUGAGGAAAAAGAAUACUUGGCAGAUCGUAGACAACUAACAACUAGGCGCUUACAUAGUGCCAACAAUUUAUUAUCAGCUCUAGAAGAUGAGAAGAGUCGAUGGGAAGAAACAGUGAACUCACUAGACCAGCGGUUGGAAGGAAUUGUGGGAGAUAUACUUAUUUCAGCAGCAUGUAUUGUCUACAGUGGAGUGUUCCCAACUGAGUACCGCCAGUUAAUUCUGAAUGAAUGGGAAAAAAUCUGUACUGAAAACAACAUUUCUAAAUCUUCACAGUUUUCUUUAAUUGAUGUCAUGGGAAAUAAACAUGAGAUGCGCCACUGGCAUAAUCAAGGUUUACCCCUUGGUCAGUAUUCAGUAGAAAAUGCCAUCUUGGUUAAGAAUGGACUGCAGUGGCCUCUGCUAAUUGAUCCACAUAAACAAGCCUACAAUUGGCUGCACCAGAUGGAAGGUGGAAGACUUCAGGAAAUCCAUAUUACCGAAACUAAUUAUGUUAAAAUAAUUGAAAAUGCAAUGAAAACUGGAGGAUGUAUUCUCUUACAGAAUCUUCCUGAAACGUUAGAUCCAAGUUUAAAAUCUAUCUUAAAAAAAGACAUCUAUCACAAAAGAGGACAACCUUUUAUCAAGAUUGAUGAAAACGAGAUUGAAUACAAUUACAACUUUAGGUUAUAUAUAACAACAGAAAUAGCCAACCCACAUUUUCUUCCAUCUGUUUAUAAUUACGUUACCAUGAUCAACUUCACAGUGACAUUCCAAGGUUUGCAGGACCAGCUUUUGUCCACCGUUGUGAUUCAAGAAGUCCCUCAGUUAGAAGAUCAACGUUAUGAAUUGUUAGAGAACAUUUCUGCUGACCUUUUAACUCUCCGAGAAUUAGAGGAAAAAUCACUGAGUUUGUUGCAAAAAACACAAGGCUGUAUUUUAGAUGAUGAUAGCAUUAUAGAAAACUUAAAAAAAUCCAAAGUUACAUCCAUGGAAGUUAAAGAACGUAUCAAGGCAGCAGAAAAAACUGAAAUGGAAUUUCAAAACACCCGCAAAAACUAUCUUCCCAUCGCAACUCGUGGUGCCUUGCUCUAUUUUUUAGUGGCAGAUCUGGCACAGCUCAACUAUAUGUACCAAUUUUCUCUGGACUGGUUCAGGGAGAUGUUUGUGAUGUCUGUAAGUUUCAGUGAUAAGAUUGAUGAAGAAGGUCAGUUUGCUUUGAUUUCAAGAAGAGCAGAAAUGUUUCAGAAACUACAACAGUACCGAGAUGAAAAACCUGAUCCUCUAAAGGACCGAGAACGCUUUGACAAAUAUAUUGAGGAUUUAGUCGAUGUAUUGACAGAAAGCAUUUAUAAGGUCGUUUCUUCAGCACUAUUUGUGGAAAACAAACUUUGCUUCUCCUUUCGACUUUGUGCCUCAAUCCUGCAAAAUAAUUGUGAUGGAACUCAGAUGCGAAAUAGUACAGAAUGUUUACAGGAGGAAGAAUGGAACAUCUUCUUGUACUCUAGCAUACUGAUAAAUAUUGAAGAGAAAUCUCCCCAGUCUACAUCUGAAGUUUUCAGUGAAUACAGAAAAUCCAAGCAUCUUUUCUGGCUUUCUGAAUCCAGAUGGAAAGAGUGUGAAUUCAUCAGCAAUCACAUACAACCAUUUUCUCUUUUAUGUCAAUCUCUUUUAUCAAAUAAAAAUCAAUGGAAUACAUUUAUGGAUGCUAUCAGUACAUAUAGAUUUUUGAGCACACCUUAUACAUCAGAAGAAGAUCUUAAUCCAGAAAGUGACUCAGAAGAUAAGGCUCCUAUAAUCUUUCCCUGGGAGAAUCUCACUUCAUUUCAAAGACUUAUAUUGAUAAAAAUCCUUAAGUCAGAAGCUUUAAAUGAAUCAGUGAGAAAAUUUGUUACUGAAAAAUUGGGACGUAAUUAUCUUCAUACUGCUGGCAUUAAUAUAAAAGAAGUAUUCAAAGAAUCUAGUUGCAGAAUUCCACUGAUAUUCAUCCAUUCUCAUGGAAUGGACCCAACUACUCUCCUGAUGAGAUUUGCACAAGAGAUUAGAGGAAGUACAGAUCAUGUAAACAUGAUUUCUUUGGGACGUGGCCAGGCUGCUAAAGCAGAAGAUAUCAUAUAUAAGGCAAAACUAAUGAAGGGCCAGUGGGUCUUCCUCCAGAACUGCCAUCUUGCUGCAUCUUUUAUGCCAAGACUUUGUGCCAUUGUAGAUUUGUUUGAUUAUGGUUCAAAACUAGACAGCGAUUUUAGACUGUGGUUAAGCUCAAAACCGGACACUUCCUUCCCUAUAGCCAUUCUGCAGAAGAGUUUGAAGAUAACAGUAGAAUCUCCCCAAAGCGUGAAGGCAAAUCUCCUUCAGUCGUUUGGGUACCAUGGCAGUGGAGAGGUAACAGAAGUGAUAUUUGAGAAUGAUCAGUGUGGACCAUCAUGGAAAAAACUUUUAUUCAGCCUCUCUUUCUUCAAUGCUGUAGUCAAUGAAAGAAAAAAAUAUGGAACAUUAGGCUGGAAUAUUCCUUAUGAAUUUAGUACAUCAGACUUGGAGGUCACGAUCAAAAUGUUAGGAAUUCUCAUGAAAGAAAAGGUAUUAAUUCCUUGGGAAGCAAUAUAUUACUUGACAGGAGAAAUAAUUUAUGGAGGCCGAGUGACAGAUCCUUGGGACAGGCUCUGCUUGAUGGCUCUUCUACAAAAUUUUUGUAAUCCUAAUGUGUUGAAGAAGGACUUCAGUUAUACUUCUGAUGGGAAUUUACUUUUCAGGAGUGGAAAGAGCCACGAAGACCUGUUGCUAGAACUCAUAGCUGACUUGCUCAAGCGUUUGCCUCUAACUGUAGAAAGGGAACCACAGGAUAAUGAAAUGAAAGAUAUCAUUCCAACCACAUUGUUAACCAUGCUCGCAAGUUCCAUUUGGAAAAGACUUAAUCAAAGUGUCGACGAUUACGAUCCCCUCCUUAAUUCUGCCUUAAUAACAUUCCUAAGUCAAGAAAUCAUUCGAUAUAAUAAGUUAUUAGCCCUGGUCCACCAAUCUCUGAAAGACCUCCAGAAUGCUGUCAAAGGUGAAGCUGCCUUCAACCAGAAACUGGAGGAUGUCUGUGAUUGUCUCAUUAAUAACAAAGUGCCUAACUUAUGGCAGGUGACUUCCUUCAGCACCGCAAAGCUGUUGUCUUCCUGGAUCUCCUUUCUCAUCCAGCGGCUGGAGUUCAUCAGGAAAUGGGCAAAACUGGCCUACGAUGCUAUACAUUAUCGGUAUUAUAAAAUGACUUCAGCUUGGAAGCGAUUCUUUCCAUCUCGGGGAAAACAAUACGGAAAUGAAGAAGAAAAAGUACGACCCAUUAGCUCUUUUCCUUCCCGAUUCUGGCUUCCAGCUUUCUUCUUCCCACAAGGUUUCUUUAUGGCUGUACUGCAAAAUUAUGCAAGAUCCAAAAGAAUCUCUGUAGAUUCUGUCAGUUUUAUGCAUCAGGUGGUCAAUGAUUCCCUGGAUGAAACACGCUUCAGAGGUCUCACAUUUGAAGAGAAGAUACUUAAGAGAUCUUUUAGGGUAAUCAGAUAUUUGGUUAUUUUAUAUAUAUAUAUAUCCAUUUUGUGA